UAAAAUUUUCUUCCUUUUAAAGUCCUUAACCUUUCUUUGUUUCGAUUUUUUCCCUACUUCAAAACUGCAUCUCUAAAGAUUCUCUGAGGGCAUAUGAAAUUAAUGUAAUAACCUUCUUCCAGUUUUACCACUUUCUCUCUCCUCCUUUUCACGAUAAUAGAGAUCUUGAACACUUCCACCUUUUACUGCACAUAAUCUCCAGUCUAAAACCAUCUUCAAUACGCCCCUAUUUUGUUGUCAAAGUAGAAACAAAGAGCUACUUGUAUUUUAGCAGAAAAGCAGGAGAAUUUAAGCACAAUUAUUGGUAACGGUAAUUCAAAUUCCUGCUUUAAUUUGAUGCCCAAGUUAAAUUCUUUGAAUUUUAUGCUCAUUUAAGCAUCUGGGUGUUGCUUAAUUUUUAGUGGGAUUCUUUAUAAUAUGAGUUUAUGUUAAUGGAUUGUUACUUUUUUGCUGUUUAGUCUCGAUCCGUUGCUUAAAUUAUCACCUUUUUUGAGCUAGAUCUUCAUGGUAUGUUAUUGGAUGACUUGGGGUAAAUUUCAACUAAAAAAUAACUGGAAUUUUAUGCUCCAAAAGUUUGGGAAAUGGGGUUUGAGCAUGGAUUAUAAUGCUGCUGUGCAUUUGAGAAGCAUGCUGAAAGAAAGUGUUUGAUGUGAAAUUGUGAAUUGAUUGCAACAUUUGAGUGAGAAUCUGAUAAUUUUGUGGGGAUAUAUCAAGUGUUCCUGAAAUUGGAUGUUCUUUGAGAAAUAGCUGCCUGUUUGUUGAAGGUAAACUAGAUUUGUUUAAAUGGCUUCUAUUAGAAGAACACUUUCUCCUGUUCCCCGUCCAGGUUCGAGAUCGAAUGGGGAAGCCUGCUCAGUGGCGUCCCCGUUAUCCAAAUCAUCUUCAGUUGUGCAGAACCCUUUACAGCCUAGUGGAUUAUCAUAUUCAUCUUACAACUCAUUAGAAUAUGCAUUGUAUAGAAUGCAUAAUUUUAUCCUUGGUUUGUUCUCAAAUAGAUCAUCGCGCUCUUUAGAUAGAUCGAAACCGAAAUGGCAAGUCUGGAAGAGGGCUCUCCUACAAUUCUUAGUCUUUUUUUUGGUUGGGGUCUUCAUUGGAAUGACUCCUUUUGGUUCCACAACUUUUCCUGGAAGAAUCAUGCCCCAGCAUCAGAGACUUUUCUUUGAUAUGAUCCCUUCUGCAGUCAGAUAUUCGUCCUUCAGUGCCAGAAAUAUUUCCGCUGUAGAUGAUACCCACUUGGAGGAUCACGUUUCCAUAGAUGAGAGGCAGGAUAUUGACAAUACUACCUCGCAAGAGCUACAGCAAGGGUUAAAGGAGCAGAUGGAAAAGAUGUCUAGUGAAACACUUUCUGGUAGACCAUUCAUUGAGGAUCCACCGUUGGAAGUUCGCAAGCUCUUGAUAGUUGUCACUCCUACGUAUACUCGACCAUUUCAAGCUUACUAUCUCAAUCGGUUGGCACAAACAUUGAAACUUGUCCCACCACCUUUGUUGUGGGUUGUGGUUGAGAUGAACUCUCAAUCUGCAGAAACAACGGAAAUUUUGAGGAAGACUGGACUUAUGUACAGACAUCUAGUUUGCGACAAGAACAUAACAGAUAUGAAGGACAGAAUUGUUCACCAGAGAAAUGUGGCCUUGGGACACAUUGAAACACACCAUCUUGAUGGAAUUGUCUAUUUUGCAGAUGAUGCCAAUGUUUACUCUGUUGAUCUUUUUACACAACUGAGGCAGAUAAGGAGAUUUGGGACUUGGAAAUUGGCCACACUUUCAGUGACUCGAGGUGCAAAUUUUCUUGAUGGUCCUGUAUGUAACGGGAGUGACAUAAUUGGUUGGAAGACUCGUGAAAUGACUCGAAGAUUCCAUGCUGAUAUUUCUGGUUUUGCUUUCAAUAGUACCAUACUAUGGGAUCCAAAGAGAUGGCACCGCCUUAUCCUUGAGCCUAUUCGGCAGCUUGACACUGUGAAAGAAAGAUUCGUGGCGAGUACAUUCAUUGAGCAAGUUGUGGAAGAUGAGAGUCAAAUGGAAGGGUUACUAGAAAAUUGUUCAAGCAUCAUGGUGUGGCGUCUUCCCCUUGAAUCAUCUUCCUCCUCUUAUCCUUACCAGUGGUUAAUAAGCAGGGAUAUGGAGAAGCACCUUUCAACUGAAGUAGUCUGAUCAAUCUGAAGGAAAAAGGCUUUUCCCGAGAUCCCUACUCUUGUUUUGCUUUUGCGAUAACUCCACGCACACAAUGUUUGGCUCCUAGGAGUCUCAGACUCGUGAGUCUUGGGCAUGGUUCUGUACCUAAUGCUUUCUCCCUAAGCACUGAUAACACUCUUUAAUAUUCUUAGAUGUUCACCAUCUUUGACUACCAUUAUUAUGAGAUCUCUUAGGAUUUUGACUCCUAUGUUUAGUUGCUCUGGACAAAGACCAUCAGCUACUAAUCUACCAGAAUUCCUGAAAAACCAACUUCCUGACCAUGCGCAAAACCUUGUUUAUCAUGGCAGUUGAAGUGUUGCCCCCAUGGGUUAGCUAUGAAGGAAACUGAUGUUUGCAGAUAUUAAUAGUUUUUGAUUUGAAGUGCAUAUACAUGUAAUACUUCCUUUGUCCCAUAGUCUACUCAUUUCUUUAUCUGUGUGACCAACCUGCACUGGAUAUAAUGAUGGGAUGGAGAAAAUGUUAUUUAUAUUUUUAUGGAAUAUGGAAAUUUGUAAACUCAGCAUCAUAGGCUUUUGAUAAAUUCGUUGGGUACAAUCCCCCUUCUAAA